GAUCACGAUUUGCAGAUCCUUCCUUGCUGGGCGAACGAGAGGACAGACGUUGAAAAGGUGCAGCUAGCGUGAACGUCGGCUGCCGACUUCGAAUUUUAGCCGCCAUCCAGUAUGGCUAACUAAACCUAGCCCCUGGUUUCCUUCGCCGGCGGAAUACUCUGUAGGCCUACGAUCCUCUCCGGCCAAUUUUGUUGAGUAGAAUACUCAACAUGGGUAUCAAAUUGCAAGCUUUGAGAAAUUUUGAUGCGUUUCCACGAGCAGAAGACCACUUGUUGCAGAAAACGUUUUCAGGGGCUGUUGUUUCUAUUGUUGGGCUUUCCAUAAUGGCCACCUUGUUCGCACAUGAGCUCAAGUAUUAUCUCACAACUUACACAGUACAUCAGAUGUCAGUAGAUCUUAAAAGAGUUCCGAUUCAUAUAAAUAUGACUUUUCCUUCGUUACCCUGUGAAGUCCUAAGUUUGGAUGCAAUUGACCUUUCUGGUAAACAUGAAGUGGACUUGGAUACAAACAUAUGGAAGCUCCAUGUGGAUAAAAACGGUCACAUUUUGGGCACCUCCGAGUUCUUAACAGAUCUUGUUGAGAAGGAGCACUCAACUCAAGAGCACGAUGGCGGAAAAGAUCAUAAUGAGGAUUCUUCCCAUAAGAUACAUGGGGAUGGUGUCAGUUUUGGCUCUGAUUCAAAGAAAAUGAUUGAGAAUGUGAAACAGGCGUUGGAAAAAGGUCAAGGUUGCAGGGUAUUUGGUGUACUAGACGUGCAGAGGGUCGCUGGGAACUUCCAUAUAUCCGUCCAUGGUUUGAACAUUUUGGUUGCUCAGCAGAUUUUUGGGAGAUCAGCAAAUGUAAAUGUUAGUCACAUGAUCCAUGAUUUGUCAUUUGGUCCCAAGUAUCCUGGCAUCCACAAUCCACUCGAUGGAACCACUCGGAUCCUGCAUGAUGCUAGCGGAACUUUCAAGUAUUACAUCAAGAUCGUCCCAACAGAGUAUCGGUAUCUUAAUAAAGAUGUUUUACCCACAAACCAAUUUUCCGUGGCCGAGUAUUUUGUUCCCCUAAAGGAUGAAGAAAGGUCUUGGCCAGCUAUAUAUUUCUUGUAUGAUCUCUCUCCUAUUGCUGUUACCAUAAAGGAAGAACGGCGUAGCUUUCUACAUUUCAUCACUCGCCUUUGUGCUGUGCUGGGUGGCACAUUUGCUCUCACAGGAAUGCUUGAUAGGUGGAUGUUCAGACUUCUUGACUCACUUUCCAAAUCAAAAAGCAAAAGCCGAAGUACCAUGCGAUGAUCCUUAUCCCCAGCUCAUCUGUGUGGAUGAAGAAGAGUCAUGAUUUGUAAAAUUGUUGUUUGCCAGGGGGUUUCAAGCUAAAAUUGUAACUUAAAUCUAUUAUUUCAGUGUUUAUUCGUUAUUGUACUAUUGCCU